UUUGUGGUUCAUCGUGCACUAUGUCAUUUACUUGUCAGAUGAUGUCAAAGUAUAUUUGUGGAAAUAAACAUACAUGAUGAGUGAAAUCGAUUUGUAUCCAUAAAACAUAAAUUUUAUAUAAUAAAAUUAUUCAAAUACUAAAAAAUCACAUAAAAAUCUCAAAUUACUCUUAUCAUUAUUUGCAUCAUCUUUUUCUCUCCACCACCAUCACCACCACUAACCCCAUCCUCUCUCUCCUUUUUAUUUUUUGAGCUCGUCGUCGUUGCCAGAGUCCGUCAACUCCUUCCUCUCUCUCUUUCCCUCUCUUCCCUUCUGUAAUUUGCUUAUCUCUCUCUUUUACUUUUUUGAAUGGUUGUGUGAUGUAGGUUCGGUAGUAUCUGGAUUUGCAGAUUGAGAAAGAGCGGAUAGAACCGCAGACUGGACAUGAGUUGGAUCGGAGUUCUGUGUUAGCGAGAGAUAGAGGGCUAGUUGGAACAGAUUGGGGGCAGCAGUAGCGAUCAGACAGCGACGGCGGCUUUAGGGUUGCGAAAGGCGACGAAAAUAGAAGGCAACGGUGGUCCUAAGCUCGUGGAGGUGAGGCGAGGGGAAGAAGAAGAAAGAGAGAAGGAAAGGAUGGAGGAGGAAAGAAAGGGGGAAAGGACGCGGUGGCAGCGAGUGGAAGUUGGGUGGGACUUGACGGCGCCAGUGACUAUUGAGUGCCGCGGUGGUGGUUACAUAGAGGAGCAGAGAAGGGAACAGGGGUGAGAAGGGGCGAGAGAAAGGAAGAACAGAGGAAAUCGGGUGAGGGGGCGACAACUUGGUGGUCGUCGGUAGUGGUACGGAGACAAUUUGCUUUUUCUAUUGUUGUUGUUGUUGCUUUAUGUAAAGAAGAUGAUAAUAGAAGUAUAGUGGUGGUGGUGGUGAUGGUAGUGAUGAAGGAAAUGAGGUGCUGGUGUUUUUGAACUCAAAGUUUGGCUCAGACAAAGAAGAGAUAGAAAAAGAGAGAAGGAAGGGUAGAUGACGCAGAUAAUAAUAAAGUGUCUAGACUCAUUCUCAGAGGCAAUAGGGUUCUCCCAUCGGAUCCUCUGUUUAGGUCAACGCCUUCAACUUCUUCUUGGAAUACCCAUCUUGGUGUAAAAGGCGACAUUUUUCUGCGGUAUAAUGGAACAAGCUGCUGUUCAAUCCGGAGCGAGUUGCGGGGUUCGUUGACUCCCAUUAUCCAUGAAGUUUCUAGAAGGAAGUUUCAAAUGUUGUGCAAGGCUUCAACAAAUGUAUCUGGGGAUGUUCCUGAAAGUUCUGGGGGAUUGAGCCAGUAUGAGAAAGUGAUUGAAACAUUAACCACUCUUUUUCCUGUAUGGGUCAUCUUGGGGGCUAUCGUUGGCAUUUACAAGCCAGCUGCUGUAACUUGGUUGGAGACAGACCUUUUUACUCUUGGUUUGGGUUUCCUUAUGCUGUCCAUGGGCUUGACAUUGACGUUUGAGGAUUUCAGGCGAUGUUUGCGAAAUCCGUGGACAGUCGGUGUAGGGUUUCUUGCACAAUAUUUGAUCAAACCCAUGCUAGGCUUUGGCAUUGCAAUGACUCUCAAACUUUCAGCUCCUCUUGCAACUGGUCUGAUUCUGGUCUCGUGUUGUCCUGGAGGUCAGGCAUCAAAUGUUGCAACAUACAUAUCCAAAGGAAAUGUUGCACUUUCUGUUCUAAUGACAACGUGUUCAACUAUUGGAGCUAUCAUUAUGACACCACUCCUUACUAAGCUUCUUGCAGGCCAACUUGUUCCAGUUGAUGCUGCUGGUCUGGCUAUUAGUACCUUUCAGGUUGUUUUAGUCCCAACGAUUGUGGGAGUUUUGGCAAAUGAAUAUUUUCCCAAGUUCACUGCAAAGAUAAUCACUGUUACGCCUUUGAUAGGAGUUAUUCUAACGACCCUUCUUUGUGCUAGCCCCAUUGGGCAAGUUUCGGAAGUCUUGAAAACUCAAGGAGCGCAGCUAAUACUGCCGGUUGUUUUCCUACAUGCUGCGGCAUUUGCUCUUGGUUAUUGGGUUUCAAAAAUAUCAUUUGGGGAAUCCACAUCCCGCACAAUAUCUAUAGAGUGUGGGAUGCAGAGCUCCGCACUCGGAUUUUUGCUUGCUCAGAAGCACUUUUCUAACCCUCUUGUAGCUGUUCCUUCGGCCGUGAGCGUAGUUUGCAUGGCACUUGGAGGGAGUGCUCUUGCUGUCUAUUGGAGGAAUAGGCCAAUCCCUCUUGAUGACAAAGAUGACUUCAAAGAAUGAGGGAAAAACAACAAAAUCAUGGCUUAUCUUCAAUGAAUUGCAUGCCCUACAAAUUGUUUUCCUUUUUAUAUUAGGACACUAUUUUUGUUUCCUUUUUAAAAUUAUUUUGAAUCUACUAGCUAAGCAACACUUUAUAAAAAAGAAUUUCGGAUGAGUUUAGGACAUUUUCAACAAGCAUGCCCCUUAUGUGGUAUUCUUUUUGGGGGGGUGGUCUUUUUUUCUCCAUCAUUUGUUAGAAUCCAGAAGAUGGACAGAAUUUUGGAAUGAUGGUAAAUAAUAUCUUUACAUGAUGUUCAUUUUGUGGCAAACAAUAUUUAUACCAUAAUUACUGGUUUACA